AUGUCGAAGGUACUGGAUGAGGAAUUGAAGCAAGCUUUUUCGAAGCUGCACGAAAAGAUGGUGGAUACCAAGCAGAAAUUAAAGUUGGCUGAUGUACAAAUUGAUAAGUUACGGCGUACAAAGCAGCGGGCAGAACUCACUUCAAAAGAGAUUAGCUGUUUUCCCAAAGACACAAGGAUAUAUGAAUCUGUCGGUCGAAUGUUUCUCCUAGAUGAUGUGAACAACAUUAAAAGUAAUUUGGAUAAUAGAAUGAAAACUUCUGAUGAGAAGAUCAAGACAUUAGAAAAUAACAAAAUAUAUUUGCAACGAAGUUUAAAGGAAAGUGAAAAUGAAAUCAGAGAAAUGAUUCAACAAAAACAGAGUAAAGAGUCGUCUGGUUAA